AUGGCUGCCGACAGCAAGGACGUGACCGAGAUGUCUCGAGUCACAUCAACUCGAGUAGCCGACACGGAGAUGGUGCCGCCGCAGAAAAUCGGCAUUGGCACACGCAUUCUAUAUCACAUCUGGGAUGCUGAUCAACAUCUGAAGAGCCCCGAAGAGCGUGCACUCGUGCGAAAACUGGACUUUGGCAUUCUGAUAUGCUCAACACUUGGUUGGUGGAUGAAGUACAUAGACCAAAGCAACAUAGCGAAUGCCUAUGUGUCUGGCAUGAAGGAAGACCUCAAUAUGCAUGGAAACGAGUACACGUAUAUGCUCAUGUGCUAUACCAUUGCUUUCGCGAUCAUGCAGAUUCCAUCCAACAUGCUUGCUCUGAAGAUCAGUCCUCGAAUCUGCCUCGUAGUAUGCGAGAUAGGGUGGACAGCUUUUACCUUUGCGCAAGCUGCUGCCAGGUCCCCCAACGAGAUGUACGCUUUUCGGUUCAUGGUCGGGAUUUUCGAAAGCGGAUUCUCCCCUAUCAUUAUCUUCCUAAUGGGUAGCUGGUACAACAAGUCCGAGCUCGCGAAGAGGAUAGCCAUAUGGCAUAUCACGGGGUUCUUUGGUUCUGCGACCUCGGGUUUCCUCCAGGCGGGGAUUUACUCAACUCUUGACGGCCACCUCGGCUUGCCUGGUUGGCGUUGGCUGUACAUUAUAUGCGGCUGCAUGUCACUUCCGGUGGCGCUUUCAGUCUGGUUCCUCCUGCCCGAUUACCCACACAAUACCAAAGCGUGGUACAUUACCGAGGACGACAAGAGACUUGCCAUGCAGCGCUCAGCAAACCAAGGCAAAGCUGACAUCACUGGUGUCAUGGACUGGAAGCUAGCCCGCCGCAUGUUCGGCAAUUGGCGGUGGUGGGUUUUGUGCCUGAUGUAUAUCUUCUACGGAAAUUCAUGCCAGGCGAACCAAUACUUCAGCGUCUACCUCAAAUCUGUUGGCUACUCGGUCCAGCUGAGGAAUGUCAUUCCUGCUUGCGCCAAUUUGACCAGCAUGGUAACAGACUUUGGUUGGGGCAUGAUGUCCGAUAUGUUCCAAAAUCGCGCUUACUGGAUUGCUGGGCCUUUGCUCUGCACCACGGUUGUUGGAUCCACCAUCCUGACCGUCUGGCCUGAAUCGGAUACCCCAAAGAUCGUGGCAUUUUUUUUCUGUGCUUCGGGAUACGUCACCGCUGUUACAUGGACCUGGGCGAACGAGAUCAACAACGGCCACGCGGAAGAGCGAGCCCUGACCAUCUCGAGCAUGAACGGGCUCUUCUACGCUACCAACUCCUUCCUCCCAAUCCUGAUCUUCCCCCAAACAAUGUCACCGCGCUUCGAGAACGGAUAUCCGAGUAUUCUCGCUUUCGCGCUGAUUGCCAUUGUCCUCGUCCUCUUCACCGAUUUCAUGCACAAGCGUCAGUUGCGUCAGGAAGCGGAGGCUGCGGCUAGUAUACCCCCGGCAGAGGUAACGCAGGAGAUGGCAUCCCAGAAUGAACUGGACAACAAGCUCGUGGGUGCUGUACAGGCCGUCAAGGGCUCGGUCGCCAUCAUUUGA